GAUGGUUGCUCCGGGUGAACUAAGUGAAUCGUGACAGCGUCACUUCAAACCGAAAGUAUUGCUCCCCCCCUUCUUAUACACAAUAUCCCCAUUCCCUCAUCCAUGGCUUUCAACGCUAGUAUUGAUGUUGAGGGUGCCACACAGCAUCUCCGGGAUAUUCUAAAGCUCGACCGUCCUGGUCACAGCACUGGUGCAGAAUCAGGUGAUGGCCAAAGACGGUUGUCUUUUAAUGGUGAGCUGAACGGGCUAUUGGGUGCAGCAGGUCUUCUUGGAGCUGGUGAUUUGACAGCCAUGUCAGACUCGCCCAGACCAAUUUCCGCAGUUAACAGCAUUGCUCAGGAUAUCCAGAUAAUCCGCCUUUCAGGUGAUGAUCAGUCUACCUGUAUCCCCAUCACCUCGGAUAAUGUGGAGAUUGUUGCCAGUCAGGACUCAAGCAUCAAUAGCAAAGCUCGAGGUAGCAACAUGGUGAAGAUUCAGCCUGUUGCCAAAUAUGACUGGGAGCACAAGUACCAUUAUGGGAGACUUAUUGCUGUGUCAAAUUCUUUCACAGCGUAUGCAAUUCGAGGAGCCAACAACCAGGCUAUGAUACGCGUCUUGAGUGUGGACACAGCAGAGCGUUCCCUUCUGAAAGGCUUCACCGGUGCUGUCACAGAUCUGGCUUUUGCCCACCUUGACUCACCUCUGUUGGGUUGUGUAGAUGAAGCUGGCAACCUUAUGGUUUGGGAGCUCACAUGCACCAGCAGUACAAUAUUAGAUCAGAUAGUUGUUCAUAUCCGAAGGCCAUCGGACACUCCACUGAACUUGCAUCGGCGUCUCAUCUGGUGCCCUUUCAUUCCAGAUGAUAAUGAGGACAACCCGGAUGACACCAGCCAGACCUUGGCCCUUCUGCAUGAAGACAGGGCUGAAGUGUGGGACCUUGAAGUCUUGAGGGCCAACAAUGCUUGUUGGCCUGUUGAUGCCACAGAUUUGAAAGAAGGCCUCAUCACAGUGAAGGGAUAUACCCAGCAUGUCAGCGAAGGUGCCCUAUCUCCAGAUGGAACAGUAUUAGCCACAGCCAGUCAUGAUGGAUACAUCAAGUUCUGGCAGAUAUAUAUAGAAGGGGGGCAGGACAAGCCAAGAUGUCUUCAUGAAUUGCGUCCUCAUGGUGGACGUCCCCUUUCCUGCCUUCUUUUCUGUGACAACCACAAAAGGCAGGACCCUGAGGUUCCUUUCUGGAGGUUUCUUAUCACUGGAGCAGAUCAGAACCAAGAAUUAAAGAUGUGGUGUACUGUUUCCUGGACCUGUUUGCAGACCAUCAGAUUCUCUCCAGAUCCAAUGAACUUAACAGUUCUGCCAAGUCUCAAGGCAAGUUUGGACCUGUCCGCUGAGUAUCUCAUCCUUACUGACGUACAGAGGAAGGUUCUCUAUGUGAUGGAGCUGAGACAAGAUCUGGAAAAAGGGAAAGCAACUUUCACUGCAGUGUCAGAGUUUCUACUGACCCAUCCUGUGCUUAGCUUUGGAGUUCAAGAUGUUGCCCAAAGCCCUUUGCGACAUACUGAAGUUCUUCCUGCAGAGGAGGAGAGUGAGAGCACAACAACAGAGGGAGCUCAAGGACCCACAGAGUCCAAAUCUGGCAUCCAGAUUAAAUUGUACUGUGUUCACACCAAGAGUCUGCAGGAUGUUCAGAUCUGGUUCCAGCCUAAUGCGGGCUCAAACUCUACUGGCCUGCCCCAUUCUGAUCCUCCAGAUAGUUUUGGGUUUUCAGACCAUCUGACAGACCAGAGUUCUGACAAGGACUCAGGAAGUGACCCCCAGAUCGACCUGAGAAACAUGUCAUCGCUUCCUGCACCUGCUGACUUCUUGUCAAACACAACGAAUGGCAACGGGCGAAUGCCAAAGUUGAUGACUCCUGAUGCCUUCAUGACACCAAGCACUUCGGUCCCUGCAUCUCCUGGCAGUAGUGCCAGUAGUCUGACAAUUGUAACAGCAAUCAGCAGCAACUCAACUGACUCUACCAAUAGAACUUCUGAUGACAUUAGUCAGAGUCCCAACCGGGCCGAUAAUAGUUUGUCACUUCCUGCUUCCACUAGCAGUCCCAGAUCUGCUUCCACUGUCCUGCCUGGACUGGAGACAAUAGGGGCCCCGGCAUCCCCCAGCACUCCAAUUGUGCUUGACAACCCUCAGGUUCUUGGUUCGCCACUCAUUCAACCCCUUGCCUCUCCAACUAGGGCUCGCUCCCCUGAUGUUAUCUCCUCAGCCUCAACAGUCAUGUCACAGGAUAUUCCAGAGAUUGCAUCUCAGACCCUGCAGCUUCAGCGUGGUCAUGUGUCCACCUUGGACUCCUUACCUCUGUCUGCUUUUCAAACUGAUAGUAUGGCCUCUGCUGCCUCUGCCCUUCACUUGCUCACUUCACCACGCUCAGCCAACAGCAACAGCCUGUUGCACCUUGAGCUUGGAUGUGUAGAUGGGCCUGCUGGAGGGUCUCUAGAGUUAGAACCCAGACUUAACCAAACACCAUCUCUCUUGGAGACUGCUUCAUCACAGGAAAACCCUGGGUUAGCAGGAGGGUCUACAGAGAAGAGCAUUAGUCACACCUCAUGGCCAGCUGCUCCCGACAUCACCAGGGAAACCAGGAAUAGAGACAAUAGUCUUGGAGACUGGGUGUCUGGGCUCUUUCUUGGAGAUAGGGUGAGAAGCUCUGCCAUCCUGGAGGGUUUGAGUCGGACCGCUGCGCCUUCGCAUAGAGAGAAGCCAGAUGAGGUGGCUCGGGCUUCUGGUUCGGAUGCCUCUCUGAUAGACGGCCACCCCACAUUGAGUCUCAGCUCAAGGGAUGAGUCAAACGACAGACUCCUGGGUUCACCCUAUGCAUGUCGAACCUAUCACAUUUCACAGAAUGACAGUCAGGACCCUGGUGCUGAGCAGAGUGACCCUGAGGAUGAGGUGGCUGGUUCAACAUCAUCAUCUGCAAAUUGUGGCACUCGCCCCACUCACAGGCUACCAGUUAAAGACUGGAAGACCUCACCCAGAUGCUCGCCAAAGCUUAAGAGAAAGACCAAGAAAGAUGGGAGUGAAUCCCCUCAGUUGAGACAAUUGGACUCUGGUCAGAUGAAUACAGAUCUGCAGCAAGAGUUGUUGAUGUUUCUCAGAGGCCAACAGAGAGAGUUAACUGAGCUACGUGGACAAAUUGAAGCCAUGCAGAGCUCCAUAAUGGCCCAAGUAGAGCGUGCACUGACCAUUCAUCAGGAGCAAGAACAUUGCAGACUAGAGCAGGUUCUGGCAGAGACUCGAAAUCAGCAGCACCAUCAGGAAGAACUCAGCCAGCAGCUGAGCCACACACUCUGCAAUUCCCUGACAAACAGGAUGGACAAAGUAAUUCGAGAGGAGAUGAAGAAAACUGUUCCGCCAACUAUUUCGAAGUGUCUGGAGCCAGUGACAUCUCAGCUGAGCAACACUAUAUCUUCUAAGAUGACCUCUGUAGAGGUCACCCUAAAGGACAAUGUCAGCAAGGUUGUCAAAUCCAAGAACACAACAGACGCAAUUGGCCGAGCCGCAGCAGAGGCAAUGCAAGGUCCUAUCCAGGCUGCCUAUAAAGAUGCCUUCCAGAGCAUUGUGCUGCCUGUUUUUGAGAGAGGCUGCCAGUCCAUGUUUCAGCAAAUUAAUGACAGUUUCAAGCAAGGAACACAAGAAUACAUACAGCAGCUCGAGGCCCAUGCCAAAAGCAGGAAACAGAGAGAGCAGGAAACCCGAGACCCCAUGAUUGACCAACUGCAACAAAUGAUGGACGGCUUCCAAAGCUCCACUGAUCAGCUGGCCAAUAGCAUGACAUCUAACAUCCGGGCUGAGAUCCAACAUCAGAUUCAGAUGAUGGUGGGAAAUUUGCAGGAGUCAAUUCUAAGUCAUGUACAGCGCAUUGUCAAAGGCGAGGUUAGCCUGGCAAUGAAGGAGCAGCAGGCAGUGGUGACCUCAAGCAUUAUGCAGGCAAUGAGAUCUGCAGCAGGUACCCCCGUCCCUACAGCACAUCUCGACUACCAGACUCAGCAAGCAAACAUCCUGCAGCUCCUUCAGCAGGGACAGCUCAACCAAGCUUUCCAGCAGGCUCUCUCAGCUACAGAUCUGAACUUGGUCUUGUAUGUGUGUGAGACCAUUGACUCCCAGCAGGUGUUUGGACAACAACCCUGCCCUCUCAGCCAGCCUGUGCUCCUGUCACUCAUACAACAACUGUCAUCCAACCUCAAUACUCGCUCUGAGCUCAAAAUCAGCUACUUGGAGGACGCAUUGAUGAAUCUGGACCACAGUGAUCCUCGAACGAGAGAUCACAUGGCCUCCGUGCUGACCCAAGUCAGACCGAAGCUCUUUGCCUUCAUGCAGCAGGACCCCCACAGCCCUCUUACCAAGAGAGCACGACGCCUCAUGAUGAUGCUACAAGGGCUCGUCAACCACUAGUUUAUUUCAAAUCUCAUUCCGAACUAUUAGGGUUUUCGUAGAAAUUCAGAUGUUGAGUCAGUUUUCGUGCAUCUCCAUGAAUGUAGAGGAGAACAUGAUUAUUUGUAAUAUUCAAGGACAACUUCAGCCCACUAUCUUUUUAUUUUCUUGGUGAGAAGACAAGUUGAUAGUGUUACUCCUGCGCCUGGGAAAUGGAUGCUGCUAACCUGGUGUUAGUGGCUGGGGCUAAGGUGAAUAAUAGGCUUUUAGUUUAAGAAGGUUGCUAAUUGCUAUUUUCCUCCUAGUCUUUCUACUCAGUCGUCAAAGCCAUGUGUCGAACGUAGGAACACAAACUAUAUUUCUUUCCAUCCAGUGCAAUUAAAUUGGCUUACAUAAAAGAAUGUUGUGAACGUCCACAUUCUAAGAUGAUGUUUGAGUUUUCCAGGCCUUCUCCCAAGUUGCCAUUGAAGAUGGGAAUGAGUUUUGCCACUCCCUCAUGCAAGUGUGCGUAAGAAUACUCAUCUCAGUGGCUGAUGACUUCAAACCAGUUCUUUUCUGUUCCGUGUUCCUCAAGCCAGUCUUUGGAAAAGUUCAAAGUGUUGUCAUCCUUUGUAUUUUUUUUUUCUUUUUUUAAUGACAAAGCUCAUGUCAAACAAAUAUAUGUAAUGUCCAAAGCCAAAGGGACUUGGAGUUUUUGCCCAGAACAGGAUCAAUCGAGCCACUUUGCUUCCUGGAAUGUUUUAGGUAAAUCUUCUUUUGGAAGGUAUAAUAAUGAAAACCAUAUAGUACCUGAUCAUAACUGGCCUUUCCCCUAAAACCGUUUCACUAAGUCAACUUGCAGGAUGCAACAAAAAUAAAUAUACAUUCAAACAGUAACAAGCAUACAGAAUGCUUUAACAAAAAAAAAAAAAAUGCCAUGUAAUAAUCUGACGUGUAGUUUAAUGCUGCUUGCCGUCCAGAGAAUUUUCAGUUGUUUUCUCACCCGUUUUUCCAUUUUUAAUAUAGACAUUUAGUCUUUGUUCAGCCAUGUAUACUUGUUUAAAAUUAUGAAACCAGUGAAAAAGUAUUACAAAUUGAUUUGACACUUGUUAAGUAUUACAAAUUGAUUUGACACUUGUUACUGACAUCAGAAUAUUUGUUUUUGAAAACUGGAUGUGCAGUUACUUCUCAUGGGCUUUAGGAGGCAGCACCUGAUUGAAGUGCAUUCCCUAUUGCUGCCCAUUGAUUUGCUUUAGGCCCUAGAAGCUUUGUUUGCACUUGUGCAGCUUAUUUACAACACCAGUUUGCUGGGUGGUCACUGUUUUGCGGACAGUAAAUGUCUUAUUUUGACAUUUUUGUUUAGAAUUUAAGUUGGAUUUGUCUAGCAAGUGCCUUACUGUAUUUUAUCUUGUUUUACAUGGACGUUUAAUCCUGUUAGGCCUUUCAGGAAGCUCUAAUAAUGAAGCAUUACCCCCUGAAGUCUUGUCUGUAUUGACAUUUACAAGCAUUUUGUGGUCAGACUCAAGCAGCACAUCAGAGUCAAGCCUUUACAUUAAGCUGUUCAACCUCAGUUACACAUCUCAAGCGAAUAUAGUUUUGACUUCUGCUUCGUCCUGAGUGGGAACACAACUGAAGAUUGUGUGUUGUACUCUUUCAACUGUUCGGUUUGCUGUUUGAAUCUUUUACUGUUUGUUCUACUGUAAACAUUUGGCAUAAAAAAGAUCUGUUGAAUUGA